GCUCUAAAAGUGACAUGAAAGAGUUGGCUUCUCAAGACUCCAGCAGAUUUACAGCGCACCACCUUCACUCCCUCAGACGCCUACCUCCGCCAUGCCGCGCUCGUUCCUCGUCAAGACCAAGCGGAUGCAUCCCCUCAGCCCGCCCAGGGACCACUGCUCCGGGCGGCAGGCUGAAACUGACGUCCAGGAUGGGAUCGGGCUUCCUGAAGAUGCUCCACAAACUUUAUCCCCAGAGAUCAGAAACCCUCUGACUGACGGACUGGCAAACUGCUCCUACAGAACCCCAAAAGACAAGCUCUGGCCUUCAGCCCCUGUGGAGCAGGAAGACCGUCCCACGCCUGUCGCACCACAGUCGCCUGACCGGCAACAGUCUGACCGAGAGAGAGAACUGGAGAGGCUCGUCUUCUUGUUGCUCAACCACACGUCGCACACUGACCUCAAAUCCCCGGUCAGGGACUGUCCGCUCUGUGAGAAGCCUGUUUCAGAGAUCCUGAUGUCAGGGAGUCUGCGAGACCAGGAGUACAACACCCUCUCCAUCCCUUUGUCGAGAUCCCUGCCUGCUGCAGACAUUUCCCAUGUGCCCUUUGGGUUCCGAGCUGUCGGCAGCUACAGCAGAGCAAAGGAGCGAAGCUUUGGCUGCAAAGUGUGCGGAAAAGUCUUCAAGCGCUCGUCCACCCUGUCCACUCACCUCCUCAUCCACUCCGACACGCGGCCUUACCCCUGCCAGUACUGCGGCAAGAGGUUCCACCAGAAGUCUGACAUGAAGAAACACACCUUCAUACACACAGGAGAGAAACCGCACGUGUGCAAGGUGUGCGGCAAAGGAUUCAGCCAGAGCUCCAACCUCAUCACCCACAGCCGAAAGCACAACAGCUACCGGCCGUUCAGCUGCUCCCGCUGCCAGCUCUCCUUCCAGCGCAGGGUGGACCUACAGCGCCACCAUGAGGCGCAGUGCGGCUAUGGAGAAGUGUACAGCCAGAGCUGAGCACAUCAGGCUGAACUGCUUUCGCUUUUUUUUUUGUACAUAACUUUGACAACCUGUGUGUGUGAUGUUUACAUGAAUAUACGGUGUGUAAAUUUGUUUAGGCGAAUAAAGAUUAACGUGACUCCUGGUCACUUUUAAA